AGCAGAAUCAGAUUAUUAGACUAAAUGAGUUAAUCAAUUUGGCAAUUUAGUUUAUCUGGCUGAUGAGAUGAGGCUUUACAACGCAUAUAAGUAGACAAAAGAAUUGAAACUAUAUCUACAUGACUAACAUUAACAAAAGCUUUUUUGCCAGAUGAAGAGAAAGAUUGAACGCAUUAUGUAUAAUGAGUAUGGGCUUAUAUGCAAGUUGUAUAAAAUGAAAGUUGCCUGAUGACUGCAUUAAGCGUGAAACUCGGAGUAGCAGCUUAAAACUGUCCUUUUCUAUACACCAAAUGGCGUGAAAAGAAAACGGAAAGCUCACCAAAGCAAGAAUUUCUUAAAUUAGCUCUGAAGGUCUAUACGUAGAUAACGUAACACUCACCGUCACAUGUCAACAUUUCCUAUGAGAUAUUGCGAUAUCAGUUUGCCGCUGAUAUCAUUUAUCAAAUGUUAUUGCUUUAUCACGCCAUAAGAGUGGUGGUUACGAUUUCGUAAGCCACCCCUGACAAUGCAAACCAAACAGGAACCUCCUUCGCCAAUUUGCUUCUUUUUCAGCCUGAAAAACUUGGUUCAAAACGUCAGGCUGAAUGCCAUGGUUUAACGAUUUCAAGGAAAUUUGGUUCAUAAUUUGAUCGAUUAAAAAUUCAUUCGUGGUUAAGCCCAUAGGUUGUUUGUUAUUAGGUGACCAGUAAACCCCGUGAAAUAUUGAAUGAUUGUUCUUUGUUAUCGACUUCCAAUCUCUAGUACCGGAGGUAAAUAUUUUGAAAGAAAUUUACAGUUCACUUUUUGUAAAGAUUGAUUUUGACGCCUCUUUAACCCCUGGAAGUUGCGAGUAGAUCAUUUCUGUAGAAUCACAGUUUCACGAGACGAUUCGUUUCAUUUAACCCCUUGGAGGUUGAUACUCGAGGCAGCGAUUCGCAAUGAAAUCCAUGCUGCCUCUUGAGACCUGGACGAGAUGGAAUACGCAGCGGCCAGGCAGUUCAUUUCGUCCAUGGUCGCAGCACAUUACGUCUGUUUUUCUUCGGCAUUUCUGUUCGUUUUCAGCAUGUCUCACUUCUAUUACUCAGACAAAUAUACUGAUGAUUUCUAUGAAUACAGGCAUGUCAUUGUUUCUUCUGAGGUGCGCAAGGCGAUUCCCAAAGGAAGACUCUUGACUGAAGUUGAGUGGAGAGGCAUCGGGGUGCAACAGUCUCGCGGCUGGGUCCAUUACCUUCUUCAUGAUCCAGAACCACAUAUAUUGCUAUUUCGACGUCCUCUGCCCGAGACGGAAAGAAAAUAUUGAUGCAACGUCGAAUUGGGAAGAAAACCUCAACACACUUGGUAAUUGAACUGAACUGAACAUUAUAAGAAAACUUAGAAUUGAGAUAAACAACUUUGAAUCAUUCCUGUGAAUUUUAUUUUCUUUGCAUAUCAUCCAUUUUGCUUCU